AUGUAUCUACCUUCCAGCGCUUACCUCUCUUUCCAAUCCAUUCUUAUUUUCAUAUCCAAACCACCUUUCGGUUCGGUCACCAACAUCGCAGUCCUGAUGUCAUCCAACCCUAACGAGCUUGGCCGCAUCAACAAAGACGUCCUUAUUCCUGUAGUUCGAAUCGGAGCUGGAGUCGGGGGAUUUCAGAGUUGGGACGAUGAUGAUGUGAAUGAUCGCUUCUCUCUGCAGCUGAGGAGGAGUCGAUUUCAUCCUAAGGUGAGACUCCAGUUCCAAGUUCCUGAGGAGGACGAAAAGUUCAAGGAACUCCUUGAUAAAGAUUUAGAUAUCACGUUGGCUGGGGUUCAUAAGGAGAAGAAAUUGUCUUUCAUCAAAGCAUGGGAGGAAAAUAAAAAGUCAAAGGUGAGUAGGUAG